GGGGGUUGGGAGCGGCAGGUAAAGGCUCCGCUGGAAGUACUGGGGGCCUGGAGUGCUGUCUGAGAGGUCCAGGCCAUGGCUGGCGCGUAGCCCCUCCCCCGCACCGGCGCCGGACCCGCUGACACACUGAGCUAGAAGACGGAUGGGAAAGAUGAUUGGCUGCCAGGCGAGGGGCGCCCUGUGAUUGGCCGGAUUCCUGGAGAGCGUCGCCGGAUAGGUGUAUGCGGCAGUGAGGGAGGGGCCGCCCCAGCCCAGCAGCCGCCCCCUCCCCCCCCCGGGGCUGCCCCAGACCCGCCCCCCGCGGGGGGGCCCGGGGGGACCCAGGCCUGCGGCGCCGGGACUGGCUGGAUGCAUCGCGCCGUGGAGCCGCUGGGGGGCCGGGCCGGACGGGACCCCUUCGCCGUGGGGAGCCUGGGCUGCGGCGGGGCCUGGGCCGCCUGCCCCCCCCGCCCCUGGCUGCCCGGCACCAGGUGUUCUUCCAGCAUCGGGCAGGCGCAGCUGCCCCCCCACCUCGCACCCCCCCCCAGCGGCAAUGGGGUCCCCCCCCACAAGCCCUACUUCCCCCCCGGGGCCCCCCCCCGGGCCCCCCCCGGCACGCUGGAGUCCCUGCAGGGCUGCGUGCGGGCGCUGCAGCCGCAGCCCUGGGAGCAGCCGGGCCCGAUGGGCGAAGCCCCCCCGGAUCUGGAGGAACCCCCCAGCUGCUUCCACAGCCCCGCCCGCUGCCACCGCGGCCCCCGCGGGGACAUCGCCCGCAUCGGGCGCCUCCAGCAGGCCCAGCUCUGGAGCUUCCCCUCGGGCCCCGCGUCCCCCCCCCGGGCCCGGGCCCUGCCCCCCCUCCAGCAGGUCUGGAGCCUGCUGCACGCCGAGAAGAGGAACUUCUCGGCCAAGCGGGGGGCCCAGCUGAAGCGGGGGGCGCCCCCCCCCGACCCCCCCGUGGUGCAGCCGGUGCCCCCCGCCCACCCCCCCCCGCCCCCCCCCGACGACCUGCCCAGCCCCCUCAAACGCCGGCGGAGCGGCAGCCCCGAGCAGGGGGGUGGCGGGGGGCAGCCCCCACCCGGGGCCCCCCCCGGGCCCCCCCCGUUCCCGCUGCCCCAGGGGCUGUGGAACCCCCUCUCCGGGGACGCCUGGACGCCCCCCCCCCGCCUCGGGGCCCCCCCGGACAGACAGGAGCAGCGGAGCCUGGUGGCCCACCCCUUCCCCCCCCCCCCCGCCCGCCUUCGGGGCCCCCCCGCCGCCGCCCCCCCGCCCGCCGCCGGCGCCCCCCGGCCCGGGCCCCGGCCCCCUCCCAAGUGACCUUAGGGACAGCGGGGCCGGCCGGGCGCCCCCCCCCCCCCAGGCUCUCACCAGCACCCAUCGCCUGCGUGCCUUACGCCCCCCGGGC